GUGUGUGUGUGUGUUCAGUGGGGUUCUUCUACGCCAGUGGACACGUGCCAUAUGGGGCCGGUCGGUUCUGGCUCGGAUCGUCGGUCUCGUGCAGAGCCCGCGGUCACGUGAUCCCCACCGCAGCUGAAGGAGAGCGGACAGCGAUUCAAGGAGAACGUCUCAUUCACCCGUCUUUAUUUGACAGCAUGCACUUCAUAGAGAGUCGAAACAAUAUUUCCAAAGCUAUGCAUUAACCCGCUCGUGUGACGUGUGUGCUGCAGAUGAUGUGUCGCGUAUGAAUAUGAUGCGCUUUAUCCUAGACUGCCUGCGGCCGGCACGAGCGCGCGCUGCAGCCGCUGCCAGGGACACGGAGCUUCAGGCUCAGGGUAUAGACUCUCCAGACGAUAACGAAAUCAAGGGUCUGAAGGAUGAGGUGCAUAUGGAAGAGGAGACUCUUCAGACGGUCAAGGCCUUGUGCCGUAACACACAGGAGAGCAUGGAGAAGCUGGAAGAGAGGAAGACACAGCUGAAGGAAGAGCUGAAGGUGAUCUAUGACCUCCAGAAACAGGAGAGGGAAGUGUUGCAGUGCCUGCAGGAGGAGCAGCAGGACUUGGAGCAGACAGUACAGCAGUACGACACCGAGCUGUGUGCUGCGGCUGAAGACCUGCUCCAGAUCCAGCGGGAAGUGGCGUAUGCCAAAGCACACGCAGAAAGCCUGCAUGAACAGAUCUCUCCGCUGCAGGACGUGUUCGAGGAGAUCGUAGAGGUUAAAAAGAAGCUGGGUGAGCUGGUUGCUGGCCUCAUAACAGGUGAAAGUGCAAUGACUGAGAUGACAGAAGAUGCUGAUUGUGUGGGUUUGGACCAGGAGUUGGUUGGAAAAGUGGAUGUUGUAGAAAGCGAGUGUGAUCAUGUCUACUGUGAGAAGAUCGUGUCCAAACAGGAGAGAGAGGAAGUAGAUUAUGUUGAGCAGGAGAGCACCCCAGAGGAGCUUGAUAAAAUGCAGUAUUCAGCGGAGAACUUGAAGAGCAGUGGCUCGUCGUCUUUUACUGAGAUCACACUGACGGAGGUCAAAGAGGAGGAUGUUAUGUUCAGGUCAACCACUCCACAGUCUGAUUCUUCUGAUAUGGAGAAGGAAGACUUUGAGAUUAUUCAACCUAGUCAAGCAACAAACAGACAGUUUGACUUCUUCCAUCCAAACCCCUUCACUUAUGGUGAUGUAUUUGGAGAAGACCAUUUUCCAAAGGUUGAUGUGACAGAGCAAUUACCAAGGGACCCGUUUAAAGGCACAGACCCUUUUGCCUCUGACACUCUCCUGGUUAACAUGCCAGAGGAAAAGCAUUGUCAGGAUGACUUCAUCACUGCAGAGAACAGUCUUCUAGACACUGUACACUAUCCUCUCCAGUCCUCUGUAAAAGACUAUGGUACCUUUAACACUCCCAUCAACAUGCCACUAGUUGCUGACUUCAAACAGUCCACUGGAGAGCUUGAUUGUGUGUCCAUGUCCACUGAAAAUAGGAGUCUUGAAUCUUGCAGUGAUGCCAAUUCUGGUGUACAAAUAAAUGCCACACAAGACCAAAAUCACGAUGCUGUGCAACCAGAUCUAUCAAAAGAAGCUCAGUUCAAUGAAGAGUGUGUCCAUGAAUCUGGCUCUAGUCACAGUUCUACAGUGUUUAAUUCUUUUGAUGCCGAUUCCAGUAUAUUUGCUGAAGCUGAAGAGUUGGAGGACAGAGUUGAAGUUCAGGAUGGAUCCAGUUUUAUUAAAAGAGCUAACUCACUGUGUGGUCUACAGAGAAUCAUUGCAGGGUCCUAUACUGGGUUUCCUCUAAGUCCGUGUGACCCUGAGCCGCUCCCAGGCAUAAGUGAUAUUGAGAAGAUUUUUGAACAUCAUAUCUCUUCUGAACAAAAUGCUGUAUUUGACAAAGAUUGUUCUCAUUCAGAACUUGGAAAUACUGAGAGUUACUCCACCGAUCAUAGUCCAGGUCCUCUGUGUGAACAGUUGCAUGAUAUAAAUAGUAAUGCCUCUACUUCUCCUUCCAUUUGUGAUCCUCAACCCUCUGCUUUAGAUGUGAAUGACUACAAAUAUGGAGAUAUGUACUUUUUCACUGUGAGACUAGAUCCUGGUAGCCCUGAACUACCUAAUCAUAGCCCAGUUUGUCCUGAGCCAAAUGAAAUAAAGAAAGAUGAGUCCCACGAGCAGUUGCCUUGGAAGGAUCCUGCUUUGAGCCCUGAAUUCAAUGAUAUAGAUGAAUUUGAAUGUUGCAGUCCAAAGCCUGAAGACACAGAACAACACAGCCAGAUUACAGAACAGAAUGACCAGAACAAUUUUGAGAAUGUGGAGCAGGAGAUCACGACAAACAGUGACCCUCCUAAAUGUAAUGAAGUAUUAGGGUCUGAUUCUGAGAGGGCGGAUUUACAUAUUCCAUGUCUUACAUUUGAGGAUUCAGAUGCUUGCCAAAGCCUGUCUAAUUCAGAGUGGAAUGACCAAUGGAAGGCAAAUCUCACUGCAGCUGAACAUGUUCCUGAUACAUCAUUCCUGGAUAAAGAUAUUAGUACACCAAAUUCUCCAGUUCAAGACCUCUUUUGUCUGCAAAGUAAGACAGAUGCAUCAGCUACUGACCAGGUUUAUGUCUGUGAGCAACUCGUCCCCGAAUCCAGUAGUUCACAACAGCACAGCCCGUCUUGCUCUGAAACCUUGGCCAUGAGUAAAUUCGAACUCCAGUAUUUUGACCCAUUCAGUCCCAUACCCGCUGAGCCAGUUGAUUGUGUAUCUGAAUUAGAAGAAUUCAUGAAUGUUGUUCAUGAAGCUCCAAGACUAGAUUCUGGUUAUCAUGAAGUUGAUACCCCUGCCCCUUUUAGUCCAGAACCUACUUUCAAAAGGAAAUGUAGCAUUGACCUUCAAGGCCAAGGUUUGGAAACCAGUAAGCAGAGCAACUCUGAAAUCCAUGUCCCUGAUCCAUUCAGUCCUGAAUCAGUUGAUACAGGGAUAUUUGACUCAGAAACAGAAAACUGUGAUUCUGGUAAUAUUAUUACAAAGUGUCACUUCUUCAGUCCUCAACAAGUUUAUACAGAGUUAAAUAAUCCAGAGGACAAGCAGAUGUCUUUCAUCAAUACUGUGUCCUGUGAAAUGCUAAGUGAUCAUCUCAGUGGAUCCGAACUUGAUGAUUGUUACCCCUUUGGUUCUUGCCCAUCUAAUGAGGAGAGCUAUGCUUAUAGUAGUGAGGAAAAUGUAAUUACUGGACCCAUCCGAGAUGGAUCUGAUGUUUCUGGACAAUACAAACCUAGCUCCAUCGUGUCAAAUGCUAGUCAUUUUAAUCAAGUAAUCCACAGCGGUUUUGAAUGGAGUACCUCUGAAAUGAGCCUUCCCAACCCUGAGGCAUUUGACCCAAUGAAAAACAACUUUUUUGAUGUUAAUACAACUGAUGUUGGCUCAUUUGUGACCAACAUAAGCCAAGAAGCUGAAGAGGCUACACAUUGUGCUGGAAAAGUCACUAAAAAGGCUGACCUUACUGAAAUUGACUAUUUCUGUACUGAGCUCAGUAAAAUGGUAUCCUCAAGUUCAUCUGAUUCUGUUCAACAAAGUGUUGCUGAGAUGUUAUUUGGCUCGGAUCCGGACACCUCAAGCUUUUACCCCUGGGAUUUUGAAAAGCAGCAACACAGUUGUUAGUUUUCACUCACCAUGUGCUUUAAUCAAUCUAAUUAAAUCAGAUUUGCAUUUACAUUUGACUUUAUCAUGGUUAUAUCCAGUCCAAAAAAAAAAAAAAAAAAAGUGUAAAUGUGUUUGUAAAUGUGAAAAUGUCUAACCUUGGACUGCAAAUUGGCGGUCAACCUCAUGUGUCUCACUUUUGUAGUUACAUUUCUAAUUUCUGUUUAGUUACAGUUAUGUAGUGUUUACAUUAUUUAUUUAUUUGUUUAUUUAUUUUUUCAAACGCCAAUAAUAAUCAAAUACUAACUGCUGAUAUGUAGCAUAAUAAAUAUGUAACAUUUUAAACGUC